AGUAGCUCAAUCUCUCUCUCACACACACACACAUACACACGUAGAGCCAAAUAUAGCCAACCUAUGUGGACUACACUUUAGUCAUCAGUCAAUCAUCACAUCAUCAUGUUCUGCUGGGGAGACGGUUCGAGUGGACAGUUUGGUCUAAACUUUGAGAAUGUGUCUGUUCCGAUAGCAGGGAAUAUAUUCUCUGAUAAAGUCACAGAAAUUGUUUGUGGGGAGCAACACACUUUAUUUCUCACGGUAGAUGGCAGGAUCCUAUCAUGCGGGCGCAACUCAAAGGGACAACUUGGUAGACAGAAGAAAAGAGAUUCAAAACUACCAGCCCCAGUGGAGGGUCUGGGGGCAGUGGUCUCUGUGGCUUGUGGUCAGGACCACUCUGUAGCUGUGUGCGCGUCAGGACAGGUCUACUCCUGGGGGGCAGGAGGUGAGGGACAGCUGGGCAUCGCCCCUACUACUGUCUCCAAAGUCCACAGGCCAAGACCAGUUCCAAUACCUUCGCCCUUGCCGAUAACAGUGAUACAGGUUGCUUGUGGAAAUUCCCAUUCUUUGGCCCUGACUAAAGGAGGACAGGUGUUCUCAUGGGGUCUGAACAGUCAUGGACAGCUGGGCCUGGGGAAGGGAGUCCAUCUGCAACCCAUACCUUCCCUGGUGCUCUCCCUCAUAGGGGUCCCAGUGACCCAGGUAGCAGCCGGAGGAACCCACACUCUGGCCCUCACCCUCCCAGGCCUGGUCUACUGCUGUGGGGCGAACAGGGCUGGGCAGCUGGGACUCAACCGUGUGGAUGAGAAAGGCCGGUUCAACAUCUGUGCUGUGCCUGCUCUCAGAGUCUUGGGGGUUUCCUUCAUCAGCUGUGGAGAGGCGCAUUCUGCUGUUCUCACCAAGGGUGGACAGGUGUUUACCUUUGGGGAGGGAAGCCGAGGCCAGCUUGGACACAACGCAUCAGCUAACGAACUCCUACCCAAACUGGUAGAGGGUAUGGAUGGACUGGUCUCACAGAUAGCAUGUGGCAGCCAUCACACCCUGGUGCUGGGGUCCUCAGGGCAACUCUGGGCCUUUGGCAGUGGGGUCAAAGGUCAGCUAGGGACUGGCAACACAGAGGGCUGCUUGCGACCCACCUCAGUGCUGUUGAAAAGGGCUUCUGAUGGGGCAGCAACAGUCAUACAGAACGACAUGAAGAUAUCAGUGGGAUGGAAUUCAAACUUCAUUUACACCGCUGGGAGUUCUGAAAGAGAACAGCCAAUCGGGAGGUUAGAUAAAGCCAAGCUGCAAAAAUGGCUGACGAUGAAGCAAGGAAAUACAGAGGCUCAAAGAGAAAUAUCCUUGAUGUUCUCAACAAGUUCAAGUCUUGUGGCCAGUUUCACCAAAGCCAGUGAGUCUCCAUCAACUAAAGCUGCAGGAGCUUUGAGAGUGGACCUAGAGGCUGCUAGCCAGGCUUUUGAUCAGCUCUUCAACAUCCCAUGGAUCAGGAAAUCAGUAAAUAUAUUGCCACUGGUGGACAAUAUUUUCAGUUCAGCAGCUGUCAUCAAGUCACCAGAGAUCUUUAUGAUACUACCCACAAUCCCUCUUUUCCACGAGGACCACAACGUCAUGAACAUGGUCAUGACUUUAGCAAUAGUUAUCGAUGAGGAUCUGAAUGAAACGGCCAUGAAAAUUUUAAAAGAGUGGUGGUCCUCAAUGGAGACAAACAUCAUGACUAAGCACAUUCUGAUGUGGAAGAAUGCCCUGUCAUUCAUGCUGAGGAACGGUCUUCUGGCUACCCACAACCCCGGAGUCAAAUUCCUGCUGGAAGCCCUCAAGUCCCUCCACAGAGUCAGUGUCUAUGUCAAUCAUUUUUAUAAUCCUCCUGACCAUUUUCUGUAGGUGCUGUCUGUCAGUAUUGUUGAUCAUCCCCUAAUGUCAUAUUGUGAACUGCAAGGCAGAUGUGCAAAUCUAUUUUGAUGCUG